AUGCUGGGACCUUCAACUUCGAGUGAAAGAUCGACGGUAGCUACAAAUAAUCACCCUAUUCAUCCGCAACAUCAACAGGUUCAUCCUCAUCAACAUGAGCUUGCUAGACAGCCAGAUUAUAAUCAAGCGGCGGUAGCAGUUGCAGCGGCUUCAGGAAUGAUGGCGCCAGGUGCCCAUCCAGACGAUGGGAGUCAGUUUCAUCCACAUCAGCACCAUUAUAAUGCGGCGGCACACUUUCAACAGCAACAGGUGCAACAGGCGCAACAAGCGCAGUUGCAGCAAUAUCAGAUGUUGCAGCAGCAGCAGCAGCAGUUUCAACAACAGCAGCAGCAGAUGCAGGCUCCACACCACCAGAUGGGACCGCAGCACCACAUACAACCACCAUUACAGCAACAUGGGAUGCACCAGGCGCCGAUGCACGAGCCAGUAGGUCCACCGGUGGGAGGAAGUCAGCAUGUGGGAGGCGACUACGAGGGGGGGCAGUACCUCACGUCGAAGUUUAUGGAAAAUGAGAUCAUCAAGACGUUUCCUAGCAAGCCAGAGUUGGUGAAGUUUGUGAAGAACGUGCUCAACGACGAGGAACAGUGCAAGAUUGUGAUCAACUCGUCGAAGCCGAAGGCGGUUUAUUUCCAAUGUGAGAGGUCGGGGUCGUUCAGAACGACGGUCAAGGACUCCACCAAGAGACAGAGAGUUGCGUACACCAAGAGAAACAAGUGUGGGUACCGGUUGGUGGCCAACUUGUAUCCUCCCGAAAAAGACAAGAAGAGGGCCAAGAAACCGGAAGACGAUGCCCUUGACAAAGACAUAGACGACAAGCUUAACGAGUUCCAAAACCAGAACCCCAUGGCCAACAGCACCAGCGAAAUAUGGAUCUUGAGAAUGAUUCACCCCCAACACAACCACCCUCCAGAGCCUAACGUCAAUUCUUCCAGCAAGAAGAAGAGAUCAAAAUAUACGAGAACGUUAGUGGAGAAGCCAUUGAACCGUGGAAAUUCCAACCCGGUCAAUAACUUCAGUCCAAACGAUAUGGUUGCCCAUCAACACCAACACCCACACCAACAGGUUCACGUACCUCACCCACACGUACACCCACACCACCAUGAUGCUUCCCAUACGCCUUCGGUCCAGGACCCGGCGGUGAUUGCGGCAAUGGAGGCUACCCCCAAUACAGAGGCCGCUGAAGCUGCGGUGGCUGCUGCUGCUGCCAUGCACCACCAACACCCUCCAGUGGAUCCAAAUAUUGACCCUAACGUUGAUCCAAGUGUUCAGGAACAUGACCAUUCUCAUGGGACCUUACGUUAA